UCUCUCUCUCUCUCUCUCGUGAUGACGGCUUGCUCCUCCACGCCGCAUGUGCGAGGGCGCGUGUCAGCGGAAGGCGUGUGUGGAAUGUGGAUGGCACGCGGCGCGUCGCGCUGUAUCGCAGCAUCACUGGAUCGUCGCAUCGUAGCAGCAUCGCGGGAGACGCUCGACUGAUAGCGACAGAUAAACGAAACACCGAGGAGAUUCAUUGGAAUAGCGCUUAUCCCUCUCGCGCGCGCUCUCCCCCCCUCUCUCGCUCUCUGAAAUGAUGCUGCAGCGCUCGCUCGCUCUUUCUUUAGCGUGACUCUCUGCCCACCUCUUAUCAUUCCGGGAGGCCAGAGAACGGCCCACGCACUCACUCUUUUGCAGUCGCCAUGACGACCUCUGCUCUGCGGCGUCAGGUGAAGAACAUCGUGCACAACUACUCAGAUGCGGAGAUCAAGGUGCGGGAGGCGACUUCCAAUGACCCCUGGGGUCCGUCCAGCUCGUUGAUGUCAGAGAUCGCUGAGCUGACCUUCAGCGUGGUGGCGUUCAGCGAGGUCAUGGCCAUGGUGUGGAAACGGCUCAAUGAUCACGGGAAGAACUGGAGACAUGUCUACAAGGCUCUGACCCUGCUGGAUUAUUUGGCAAAGACGGGCUCCGAGCGGGUCGCCCAGCAGUGCCGCGAGAACGCCUUCACCAUUCAGACGCUCCGAGACUUUCAGUACGUGGACCGGGACGGACGGGAUCAGGGCGUGAACGUGCGCGAGAAAGCCAAGCAGCUGGUGGCGCUGCUGAGGGACGAGGAGCGCCUGCGUCAGGAGAGAGCGCAGGCCCUCAAGACCAGAGAGAGAAUGACGGGCGGCGGAGGGGUGGGAGGCGUUCCCCCCGCGGUCCCCAGCAGACGCAGCAGUCAGCCCAGCAUGGCAGCGCUGUACGGAGAAGAGUUCAUUCAGUCCAGAGGAUCACCGUCUUCAUUUAACUCAUCGUCUUCAUCGCCGAGAGCGUCUGAUCUGGAACAGACUCGACCUCAGACCAGCGGAGAAGAAGAACUACAGCUGCAGCUCGCGCUGGCCAUGAGCAGAGAGGAUCAGCGCACACAUCACACCGGUGAAGGUCGACUUCAGAAAGUUCUGGAAGAGAAGGCCGAGAGAGAUUCAGGCACUGGAGAGUCGGGCAUGAUCGAUCUGGUCGAUGUAUUUAGCCCUGCGCCUGCCGCGCCGCCGAGCGAAGACCCCUGGGAUGCCCCGCCCACAUGCCCUGUGACCUCGGACCCCUGGGAGUCUCUAGCUGUAGUUAAUUCCAAUGACCCUGGAAACGGAAGUCCGUGGAGGACACGCCCCUCCUCCAGUAGCCCCGCCAUUCAUUGGGGCGCCGACCAGCCUUCUGAUCACUGGGAAGCCUCACCUUCAACCCCCUCCAUGAAUAUGGCAGAACAGGCCUGGAGGAGUCCAGCGCGAGCAGCUCCAGGGGGGAGGGACCCGUUUUGCAUUCAGGAGGAGGAAGAGGAGGAGCUUCGGUUGGAGGAGGAGCCUCAAGUAAAGCAGGAGGGGCCAAACCGUGUGUUCAGCCCUCGCUGUGAGAGUCCAGCAGGCGUUGAGCACUUUACUGGUGUUCAAGUGAACGGCAGAGACAGCGACAGUCCGGAGACCUUUGACCUCUCUCGUCUGGCUCCUCCUCUAGAUGCGGUGACUCCCAGACUGUGCCGCACCCCUGAGACCUUCCUCGGACCCACGGCCGCUUCUCUGGUGAACCUGGACGCACUGAUCCCUAGCAACCCUCCCGCCAAAAGUAAAAACCCUUUCCUUACAGGUCUGAGCGCACCAUCUCCCACCAACCCUUUCCAUUGUGACCAGCCCAGACUGACUCUGAAUCAGAUGAGACCCAACUCCACAUCUCCUCUGCCGGCUCACGCCCUGUCAUACAGCGCAUCCCUCCCUCUGCCCCUCCUCCAACAGAAACCUCAAUCUCUGCCCUCGUCCUAUACUCAACCUCACCACGGCCUACUGGACAUUCCCAACAACCUUCCCCAACCUCUACUGCCGAUGUGCACCGCCCCGACCCAUCCAUCCACCAUACAACCACAUCAACAGAGACAAAACCACAACCCUUUCCUCUGAUAGAGAGAUCUGAAUCCAGACUGGUUGAAAUAAAUCAACGAGGCGAUUUGAACGCUCGAAUCUUACUGUUACUAAAGAACAAUUUAGGCUUGAGUUUUGUAGUGAUAAAUUCUUGCCUAUGAGAUAUUACACAUUUUAGUCGACUGACAUUCAUUUACGUUUGCUUUUUAAUGUCCACCUGCAUUCUGUGCAUUAACUUACAUAUGAGAGCUAAUAUGGAUUAUAGUAUUUUUGUGAAGUUACGCUGCAAUUGGUAACUUUUUUGGUUAGUUUAGAUUUUAGUUUAUUUUUUCAGUUAUUGAACAAAUGCCUAAAAACGUUGUAAACUGUCUCAUUAUCCUGAUUCACAACAGCUUGAUGAUAAUUAUAGAUUAUCACAAUAUUUUUAAUUGUAGAAGUUGGGUUGGAUUUGAUGGAAAAUGUCAUACUGUAAGGUUUGUAAAGUAACGUGCGAUUUUGUAUUUCUAAGAGAGAUGGCGAUAGCGAGUCCAAAUCAAUGGAUUGCAGUUUUAGGGCUUGUCCACACCGGCGUUUAACGCCUCAUGACUAAACAAAGGGUGCCAAUGUGAGGCGGCAGGCUUAAGCAUCAUUUUUUUAACACCUAUGGCUCAGUUAAAAACUGGCCGACCAAUGAGAUUGGCGCUUUUGUUCACGUGCCUGGCGCUGCUGAAGUUACAGUAAAACACAACUUGGUGGCGCUCAAGCACAAAACGCUCUUGCCGAGCACACAUUGACGAAGAGGAAGCAAGAUGAACUCUUCUUCUGUGUGACAAGAGAGUGUCAGAAGCAUAAAGUUGUGCAGCGCCACCUUGUGUACCGGGGUGUUUCGCCAGUGAAAAUCGCUUGGGUAUGAACGUCGAAAAACGAUGCCGAUAAGCGCGUGUGAUUAUCGUCCCGGUGUGUACGAGCUCUUAAGGUCAACAUGAAGUCAAAAUCGAUCCUAACAACUAUCUCAGUAUAGGCAUGGGUCGGUUUGACAGGGUUUUCUUGAUUGUACGGUAACCUUAAGAAUAAUAUUGUGGUUUUGUGUGUGCCGAUAUCGCAAUUACAACCUUGAAAAUGUGUUCUUUUAAAUGUCUGGGUAAAAAACAGCUUUUCCCGCAUUGAACACAAUAAAGUUUAUUUUUAAGCAACACAAAACAGCUCAUACACUGCGAAAAUUUAGCGUUUUAAAACUGUGACUUUUUAAAACCGCGGUAUACCUUGAAGCUGCUAAUCUGCCCAUGCCUACUCGGUACACGCGCUUGUUUUAGUUCGCAUGUUAUUCCAAAUUCUAUCAGUUUCUGCCUCAAAGUCAACUUUCCUAUUUGGCUGGUGUCAUCGAGGCGGCACAUGCUAUUGGUUAAUAUUAACAUGCCAAAAUGUAAUGCUGCCAGUUAAUGUAAUGCUAAAAGUUACAGUAAUAAUAGCAGAUCUGACUUCAUACUGGCACAAGACCACCACCCUUCACAAUCCAGUCUGAUCUCAAUAGAUCAAAUUCUGCUUUGUAAUAUUGUUUUUUUUACUCAUGAAAUGUCUUGCGAACAGCAAUUCAUGUCGAUCUUUAUACAAAGUUCGCUUAAUAUUCUACCGUAAGUUUUUCUGCACCACAGAAACGGCAUGCCGCUGUGAAGGUCUGAAUGUCAGUAUUUUUUUAAAUAAUACUCUCUUCCUGUCAGCCCUCAGAUACAUGGGACUGAGACUUUUAGCAACAGCCGAUGAACCUUCACACCUGAUGGUUUUUCCCGCACCCUCAUGUACUUUCCGUUGCCUUGUAUCUGUGGAUCCCUGUGAAUGUUUGACCUAAAGGAUCCGACACUGAUUGUAAACAAGCUCCUCCUCCUCCGUGCCUGUCUCGCCGACAGUCCCACAAUGCACCGGGGGUGGCGCCCCAUGGACACUCACACAGCCAAUGAAAAUCACAGAAGCCGUCUGUCCAAAUAGAGAGUAAGAGAAGAAAUGUUUUAGUGACUCUAAUGCUGAUUUAUCCAAUGCUGUUAAUUCUUUUCUCUCUGGAAAAUCAUUGAAGAACAAAUACCAGCUGUACAGUUAAUCUCUCCUGAUGAAUGUGACGGAGUUAUUGCAGAUUACAGGUUAACCAGGUGAAUCCAUCAAUCCUCUGUGAGUUAAAUGUUGUAUGUUCAUGGCACUAAUAAACGAAUGUCACUUUUAAAGCUUGU